AUGGCGGACCAGGCCAAGUGGCAGGCGCUCAUGAAGUGGACCAUGAAGCACACGGACGGCACGACGCCCACCGAGGCGACGCCCAUCUCGGAGGACAAGCGGCGCUUCCUGGAGAUGGUCAUGAACGAGGGCGUGAUCGACGAGAACGAGCGCGUCAAGGACAUCCUGCGCAUCCUCGAGGGCGAGGACCCGCGCCUCGUGUUCGCCGCCGAGGACGGCACCAUCGCCGACGAGGGCGAGCAGCCGUCGCCCGAGGAGCUGGCGCAGUACAAGGACUCGCUGCUGGACGAGCUGCUCACGCGCAUCGACCAGAUCGACAAUGCGCAGAACUUCGUCAAGAUGGGCGGCCUGCGCGUCAUGACCAACGUCAUCCGCAAGUACGCGCAGCCGUCGUCGCGCGCGCUGGCCGCCGAGGUCUGCUCCGUCGUGGUGCAGAACAACCCCUUCUGCCAGGACGCGGCCGUCGAGAGCGGCCUGCUCGAGGUGCUGUGCACGCUCGCGCGCGAGGACCAGGACGUCACGUGCCGCGUCAAGGCGCUGCUGGGCAUCUCGUGCCUGGUGCGCCACCACGCCGCGGCGGAGACGCGGUUCCUGGGCGAGAGCUGCAAGGGCCUGGAGCUCAUGCGCCAGAACCUGGAGGAGGCCACGGACAUCCGACUGCAGCGCAAGUCGCUCUUCUUCCUGCGCUACCUCAUCCGCAACAGCCGCUCGACGGCCGACCUUGUGCUGCAGAAGAACUUCUUCAUCCAGUCGGCCGCGGCCUUCAUCACCCACGAAGACGUGGACCUGUGCGAGUGCUCCGUGGAGGGACUGGCCGAGUUCGCCAUGAUCGGCCCCGACUUCAUGGCGGCGUGCAAGAAGCCCGAGCUCGACCUGCUCGCCAAGUGCGACCAGCGCAUCAAGCAGAUUGACGCACUAGAGGGUGAGGACAAGGAGUUUGCCCAGGAGACCAAGACCCGCGUCGAGUACCUGAAGAAGGUGCUGACCGUCUAAGUGCACAAUAGAUAGAUAACUUUUGUAUACGCUUUUUCCUUCC